CUUUUGUAUGUUGUUGUCUGGAUAAACAAAUAAUGUUCUAAGCUUACUGAAUAAUAAUAUAGAUGACCAUUAAUUGUCAAUAUGACUGCCACACUUGUUGGACAGAUAUGUUUGUAUUGGAUGCCACUUGUCACUCAACGUAAUCACAGAAUCUCAAAUUGGUGAGAAAGAAAGAAAAGCAUACAGAAAUUUCUGUUCUCUGAUAUUAUCCAAUGGCAAUGAAUUAACAACUAAAUUUUGUCAUAAUGUCUGCUGGUUCCAAGAGGCCUCCAGUGCCUGCAAACAUGACAGGUGUGUUGAAGCACAAAUCGUCUUUUGGUGCAGUUGUAAAUGGAGAGAGAGCAGCUAUGACAGUAAAGAAACCAACAUCUGUAAAAGUGACAAACCCAGCACCAAAGACCUUAAAAUCCUUACAGAACGGUGAUAAGAAGGAAGAAGCUAGAUCAGAUAAACUCUCAGAUCAAAUAAAGGAAGCUGAGGCUAAGUUUGACAAGUUGUUGGAAGGAUGUCUGGAUGAUUUACCUAAUUUACCUCAUUCAACAGUUAGGAUAUUCAUGAGCUCUACAUUUUCUGAUAUGAGAUCUGAAAGAAAUGCCAUUGUCAGAGAUGUCAAUCCAUUGUUAAAGGAGUAUUGUGCCAAAUAUGACCUUGACUUUCAGAUAGUAGACAUGCGCUGGGGAGUAACAGAAGAUAGCCAAAUUGAUCAUUCUGUGGAGAAAAUUUGUUUGUUGGAAGUAGAAAAUUGUCAGAAGAUUUCUCUUGGUCCUAACUUUAUUCUAUUGUCAGGUGACAGAUAUGGUUUUACACCAAUACCUACAGAAAUCGAGAAGACAGAGUUUGAAAUUAUGAAAACAUUUGCAGAGAAAGAAUCAGAGAAUGCUGCAUUGCUGGAUAUUUGGUAUCGACUUGAUGAAAAUGCUAAACCACCAAAAUAUAUUCUACAGCCAAUCAGAUCACAGUUUACAUUUUAUGGUGAUCACUCUGUGGGAUGUGAACAACUGAAAGCUAAAGACACACUUGGUUGGGAGAAAACUUUCAUGCUUCUACAAAACAUUCUAAGACAAGCAGCAAUGCAAUGUAAUGCAGAACAACUAAGUGAAGAAAAACUUCAUAAUUAUUUUAAAUCAGUUACUGAAUUAGAAGUAAAGAAAGGAAUUCUGACUGCUGAUAAACCUGAAAUGCAUACAAGUGUCUACCAAAGGAUAUUGUUGGGGUUAGACAUUGAUAACAGUACAGAUAUCACAGCUGUAAAAAGAUAUUUCGACACUAACAUGGAAAAUGGCAAGUUGAUAAUAAAUGAUCAAGUCAAGUUACUAAGAGGGAAAAUGGUUGAAGAUAAGGUUCCAUUGGCCUUAAAGAAAUCAAAAAGAAUUCAUCAAUAUAAUCUCAAUUGGUAUGAAGGUGGAGUUGACCCAGAAAAACAUAAAGAUCAUUCUACAUACAUCAAACAGCUAUGUGAUGAUCUUAUCCAGGAUGUUUCUGAACUUAUUGAUAAAGCUAGAGAAGACCAGAAAAGUUUAAUAAGAAAAAGGGAAUUUUACAUGAGUUAUAAUGAAGUACUUCAUCAUCUGCAUUUCUGUAAACUGAAAUGUGAGGCUUUCUGUGGUAGAGUUGAUGUUUUAGAGCAAGCCAAAGAAUAUAUUCUAAAGGACAAAUCUAGACGGCCUCUUAUUUUGCAUGCUCCAUCAGGUGGUGGGAAAACAUGUGUUAUGGCCAAAAUUAUGGAGAAUUUACAGAUCUGGUUCAAGAAGGAGCCUCACCUUGGAAUUAUUAGGUUUUUAGGCACAUCUCGCUAUAGCUUGAACAUAUAUGAUGUACUUUUUGGACUCUGUGGACAACUUGCUGACAUUGCUAAAAUAAUGAUGGAGCCAGUAGGGUACAAAAAUAUGAAGAACAUACUAGAAUAUAUGCCAAGAUUCUUACGUAGAGUGUCGAACAAAGUGAAAAAGCCAAUUGUUAUUCUCCUAGACUCCCUUGAUCAGCUUUCUUCAAGAGAUGAUGCUUUUAUAUUAAAAUGGCUGCCAACAGUCCUACCAUCAAACAUGAAGAUGAUUUUGUCAACAUUACCACAGGAACAUGAAAUUUUGAACACUCUGCAGACAAUGUUUCCAGAUAACACCAACUUCAUAGAACUGCCUAAACUUCCAGAUGAUACAGGAUUUGAAAUGACGAAAAAAUAUCUAGCAAAAAGGAAGAGAGCUGUUACUCAGAAUCAAGCAAACCAAAUCAUAAAUGCAUUUAGAAAUUGCAGAGGGCCUUUGUACCUUAAACUGAUUCUAGAUGAGGCUGUAAAUUGGAAUUCUUACACUUCAGAUAAUGCAGUUUUGCAAGAUUCGGUACAAGGAGCCAUAAACCAGCUGUUUGACAACAUGGAAAAGAAGUUUGGGCAAGUUUUGAUAAGCCAUGCUCUAGGUUACAUUACAGUCGCCUACAAUGGAAUUUCUGAUAUCGAAUGGGAGGAUGUGUUAUCCUGUGAUGACGAAGUACUGAAUGAUAUCUACCGCUAUCAUAAUCCGCCUGUCCCUGGCAUUGUACGAAUGCCACCUGUACUUGUAGCAAGGAUAAGAUAUGAUCUCAGAGAAUAUAUUGUAGAGAGAAGAUCAUUUGGAAAAACAACUUUGAAUUGGUAUCAUAGACAAUUCUUUGAGACAGCUCAUGGAAGAUAUGCUUUUGGUGGUGCAGGCAAAAAAUUACACAAAGUAUUGGCAGAAUAUUUCAUUGCCAAUGAUGGUAUCCAAAGGGACAUAACCCUUCACAGAAGAAAUAUGACAGUGAAGAAUGCAGACAGACAAGUCACAAAACAACCACUUGUUGUUAAGAAUAAAAGAAAACUAAUGGCUGCGCCAUAUCACAUUACCCAUGCUGGAGAUCAUAUAGAUCCUCCAAUUGCCAAGUCAGAAUGCUUUUGUAAUUUAAAAUUCUUGACAAUGAGAAUGCAAGCCCUGCCAUUAUUCACUUUGGUGGAUGACAUGACAGAAUAUUUAGACAAAACAGAUGAUGAAGAGGUGGCUUUCUUAAGAAAUUACUUCCUUGUCUCAAAAUCAGAAAAUUUAUAUGGUAUCAACUUUGCUAUAAAUCUACUGUCAAGGUUAUACAUUGCUGAGAAUCAACAAUAUCUUGAGGAAUUACUUCACCAAGCAAAAGAUGCAGUGUACAGCAGUAAAUCUCCACUUCUUAUCCCUGUAUUUCCAUGUUUGGCACCAAGAAAAGACCCUUCAACAGCUCUAUUGAAGACCUAUAAUGAUAUAAAUAAUAUCAUUUCACACGGUACAGAAUCGGUUUUGAUGACAAAUUCUAGAGUCAAAAAUUCAGAUGGAGCAUAUUAUUCCAUUUAUGAUGCAAUCAAUAAUGAAAUUUACCAAUUGGAUCAGAAUAAAAAUUUCAAACCCAUAAUGCUACCCAUACUAGAUAAGUCAGAGAAAAGAGUAAUCCAAUUAGGGAAAGACAGUUUGCAGACUUUCCAUCUACAUAAUCAGCUGUCUAACCAGUAUAUGUUUUCUAAAGUUAGUAAAGAUAUUGGGACCAAGAAAUGUUAUCCAACAAUGAGCUGUCUCAGUACUGAUUCCCUACAUCUUACAAUUCUGUUCAGCAAUGGUGAUGUGCUAACUCUUGACACAAACAGUUUUAAAAAGGUUGACUUGAUCACAUUGGGAGAGAAACCAGAUAGUGUUUCUAACAUCAUAACUACAAAUGAAGAAAAUUUAAAAGUUAUCUUGAGUAUCAGUGCAGAAAAAAAGGGAAAGAAUACCAGUAGUUGUAUCAGAAUCCAUGCUAUUGGAAGUACAGACAAUGGAAAGAUUGUAAACACUAACCAUACUUUCACUAAAGGCCUUGCUGCAGUUGGAUAUAAUGAAAGUCUACUUGUUGGAAGUAGUAAUAGGGAAAAUAGAGGAACUUUGACAGUAAUAAACUUAGAAGAUGCCAGUAUAGCUAUUGAUAAUGAUCUCUCUUCUGAAGUUCUGCAGUUAUCUGUAGCACAUUCUCAUGCACUGGCGGCCAUUUGGUUGGAACAAGGCUUUGUAGCUGUGUACGACAUCUCUAAUGGGGAGGUUGUCCAACAAUUGAACGUAAUAAAUACAAUAACUAGCUUUGGAGUGAGUUGGAUGAAUGAUUUAGUCUUCAUUGGUGACAACCAAGGGCAGAUAAUUAUGUACAAAUCUCAGACAGGGAAACAGUUUGGAAAUUUCAAAGCUGAUAGUGAUGAAAUCAUUAAAGUCGCAGUACUUGAAGAUCAAGUUGUAACAGUAAGCAAGGAGAAUACAGCUAAGGUUUGGGAGUUGACAACAUUACUUACAGCUAGUGUCAGCAAGUUAUCCAUUGUCGAAGUCAGUACUGAGGGAACUGAUUUGUUGGCACAGAAAGGUAUUGUUGGUUUUGAUAUUGACCUAAAAGGACACUGCAUAAUAACUGCUUCAGAAGACAGAAAUCUGAGGAUCUGGUCUGUAGAUAAUGUGAAACUACUAAAUAAAAUCCACAUUGGAAUCCUUGGUCAAAAAGUAUUAGCAACAAUUAACUCAAUGUGUAUUGUGUUGGAUAGAAUUACCAAGACCAUGAAAAUAGUGGACAUUAAAAAGGGAGCAGAAAAUAUGGUCACCCACAAUGUGUUAGAUUUUUGCCAAGGAAAAGAUUGUAGGACAUUGUAUCUAGUGAAAUCUGCAGAAAACAACCAAUUUAUAGAAAUCAUUGAUGUAGGACUUCUUAAAAUUAAAAAAUCAUUCCUAUUGAAACAAAAUAUAACUACUGACAGAAUUGAUCUCACAUUAAACGAUUCUGAACGUUUUUUAGCAAUAAGGGUGAAAGUUAAUGAGAAAGAAUAUGAAGACAUUCUAGCAGCAUGGCAAAAACAAAGUUGGCGCAAUGCUGGGUUUAUGCCUGAAUCUCAUAAACACAGGUUUUAUGCAGUUGAUCUACCCCAAGCUACAGGCGGUUUAAUGCCAUGUAAUAGAGUUUUGACCAAGACUCCACACCUAGGACAGAUUAUACGGCCAUAUAAAGGCAAUGUUAUGAUGAUCACAACACGUCGCUUUGUUUGUUUCUGGGAUAUUCCUACUGGCAAAUGUGACUAUCGAAUUAUCAAGAAAGAAAAGCUUGGAUUUUUGUAUCAGCCAAAACAUUUGGAGGAACCUCCCUAUAUAUUAAAUAUGGAAUGUAGCCAAGAUGGUCUUUGUGUUGCAGGUGGUUCAGAGGAGGGAUACAUGCUUAUAUGGGAAACCAAAACAGGUCUGCCUGCUGGAGGAAAUGAACCUAAGAAAAGGCAUUUAGCUUCGGUGGUUCAUAUUACAAUAUCCCCAAAUAGUAGAUGGGUUGUGUCUAGCUGCCUUAAUAACAUGCUGAUACUCUGGGAUAUCAUUACUGGAAUAGAUGUGGCUAGUCUAAAGAUUCCUUCAGAUGUCCAACAGAUGAAAUUUACAACUGACUCUAAACACCUGGUAAUCAAUACAGGGUUUCGUAGUACUAGGAUGUUAGUGUAUAGACUUCAUAUUGGUGAAUCAUAA